CAAACACAUAGCUGAGCCAAUAAGAUAGUUGAACUGAAACUUCUAACUCACACAAAACAGUAUUAAUUCCAACAUUCGAAUUUCAUAGGAGCGCGCCAGCCCACUUCCGAGCCAACUGCCAACAAAUACCGUUUUGUUUCCAAAACGUCACCCGUUCUCACCUACUGUGUCAUAAACAAAUCAAACAUGGCGGGCCUAAUGACAAUGAGACAUUAGCGAGCUACAAAAUGCCUCCGCGUUUGCGAAUAAUUAAAUCGUAAAGCCCCUCUCCGCCUACGGCACCAGUCUAUUUACUCCUUUUUCAUUCAACACAAUAGCUGCUGCAAUCCGACACUCUCAACUCUAUUACGUCAGUUUAUUAUUUAUAAACCCAAGCGAAUUUAAACUCUAUUAGCUUCUGAUAGAACUCAUAAGAUAUUGCACACUUUUUAUUUUAUAAGGCGUAUUCCACAGAGAGUAUUAAUUUGAGCGCGACGGGCCCCGCCUACUCAAUAUCGCGUUUACACACAUGUUGGCUCGUAUUGUCGUCCCGCUCUAGCCGCGCCGCUUAUUAAAAUUCCUCGGUGUAUAAUACCGUCUCUCUCGCUCGGUACAGAGAAGUCGGCACUCGCCCCAAUGCUGGCGCGAUUUUCACCGCGCUUCCACGCGAUUUGCGCGAGUCCGUACAAAUUGGAAACUAAAUAUCCGAUUGCUCAAUCCGAUAGGUGACGCGAUUUGUGCGAUUGUGACUGUGACUCAAAGUGAAGUUUGACUCUGAGUGUAAAUCAAUUAACAGUCAAUAGUGCUUUUUUUUUUCAAUGCUCUAAAUUUGACAGCUGGAAAUUUUGCAACAACUGAAAAACGCCGACGGUCGGACGUUUUUCCGAAAACCGAAUAAGAAUCCUAUUAAACUCAAUUAGAAUCUAACCUGAACGGUAACACGGUAACGGUAACGGUUUUAACGGUAACACUUGCAAAAUUUUAAGUAAAGAUGGCGUAUUGACAUCUGAAAUGCUGAGUAGAUGAAAUGAAGACCUCGCUCGAAUGCGAGCGGUCAGAGGCCGCGGACAGCGGCGGGAAGGGCCGGAUAUCCUUCAGCGUGGACUCGCUGCUGGGCAGCAAGGAGCCCUCCAAGGACCAGGAGCACAGCAACGAUGAGAGCAACACGCUCGAGACGGACGACAGCGACGUGGACAUCGAGGACGUCGACUCCAACGCGGGGGAUGAAAGAGAGGAAGACGAGAGAGAAGGACGGGAGAGUGGGAAUGGAGAGGAGACGGAGAGGAGUGGAGUGGUGGUGCCGCAGCCGAUGCUGCCCCGGCUGUACCAGGGCCCGCCGCCGACGUGGCCGUUCGGAGCGUUCCCCUGGAUGGCUCCGAACCCUAUGUUCCGGACUGGAUCACCCAACGCAGGUCCUCCCAGUGGCCCUCCCGUCGUGCGCUGCCAGCUUCGGAAACACAAGCCCAACCGCAAGCCUAGAACACCCUUCACCACGCAGCAACUGUUGGCUCUCGAGAAGAAAUUCAGAGAUAAACAGUACCUGAGCAUCGCUGAGCGUGCUGAGUUUUCAUCAUCGCUGAGGCUCACUGAGACUCAAGUCAAAAUCUGGUUCCAAAAUCGGCGCGCGAAAGCGAAAAGGCUCCAAGAGGCCGAAAUCGAAAAGCUACGUCUAUCCGCACGGCCGCUGCUGCCUCCAUCAUUCGCGCUGUUUGGGGGCGGAGGGGCGCCCCCGCUCUUCGCCGCCAUGGCCGCCGCCACGCGCCCCCAACUCAGCUUCCUUGGAGGACCCCCCACACACCAACACGCCAUCAACAUGAACAUAUUGAACUCUCUACAGCCCCAUUGACGUUUGGAGCACGCGGGUACGCGUGAAACGACGAACGAGCAGCCGCCAUCUUAAAAUCAGUGUUCAAAUUUCGUUGUCUGUGAUUCAAAACUUUUUCUAACAGCGGCGUUAACAAGUAUACUGAACGAACUUUAAAUCAGUAAGUGCAAUUUUAUAAGUUAAAUUAAAUAGUUAAUUUAUUUUAAAAAUAGUUGAUAAUUGUGUAUAUAUAGACUUAAACGAACGUUACGGCAAUAGACAUUUAUGAGACAGUUUAUGAGCGAAACGUCGCAUUCAUGAAUGUUUGUUAGUAUUAAAUCUUAAAAGAAAUAGUUACUUUUUCAUUGAGGACAUUAAAUGCCUAUAAAACGCAUUUACACAUUAAUUCAAUGCGAACUGACUGUUAAUUAGAAAUUUUCUGAAAAAUACGCACUUACGUAAUUGUGAAUUAUACUUAAUUAUACAUACAUACAGGAUGAUUUUGUAAUCUGACCAAACUCUGAGGGAUGAAUAUGUACUCUAGGUGAUACUGAACAACUUUUAAAAUCCAAGCCAACCCCGAAACCGCGAAAAAAAAUCAGCUGUUCCAUAGAAAAUAUUGACUCUGAUUCACCGAAAUAUAUGAGACGGCAGAUUUUUUUCUGAGGCUAGUGUGUACGAGUAUAUGGUUGAAAUACUCGAGAUAUACAUUAAUUCUAAAUGUUCAAAAUUGAAUUCUAUUGAAAAAUUGGGUACCUAUGUUCUUUUGCUACUUAUAUCUACCUACCUUUACCUCUAUUUUAAUUUAGUAUAUGAAAAUUAGAUAUAAAGCAGAGUUUAGUUUGUGUUAUUUUUGUUUCCUCUCUCUUUUCAGAUUUUUUUUCUAUCAGAAAAAGGGACUAUACAUAGAAACACUGUAUUUCCUUGUAACAUACAUCGAUGAUUGUGUAAAGAUCUUGGACUUUUAACUAAAUUCGACAUUUUAACAUCGUUAAGUACUGUAACUUAGCUGCAAAACUAAAAUUACUUUGCUUUAAUAAGUAGUUUUUCUCGUUAUUUACUACAUGCAAAAUUUUGCCUUUCUAUACAUAGCACAACGGUAUUGUAUUAUUAAGCAUUUAAUUUUGUACCCUAUUGAAACCUUUUUUUAGUAGCCAUAGUAAAUUAUUUAGCUUAAUUAAAAUACCGUUCAAAAUAGACCCAGAAAAUGUGAAAUUAUUCUCCCAUGAGUUUGGAAUGAUUUAUAAAAUCUUCAAAAAUUGUGUGUAAACUGUUAACAUGUCGAAUUUAGUUGUAUGUCAUCAAUCAUCAUCCUGCAGGCCUAUUAUGAAUCGCUUUAUCCACGUGAUAAAACAACUGUCACUUUUUAACUCCGCGGGAAAGAAAGUGACGGACACCGUUUUAUCACGCUGUCACGUAGACAAAAAAGACCAGCACAUCCGUACUGAUAAUGCAUUUAUGUCAAAUGUAAAUGUAAAUAAUGAUAUAUUUAACUUAUUGUAGAGAUAAGCUCACCCUAGUUAAGAUGUUAGAUUUUUUAACACAGUCCUAUUUAGUGCGAAAAUUGUGAGAAAUUGAGCCAUAGUCAUUGUUUUAGCAUUGUACAUUUUUUUGUCUUUAUAUGUGUUCCUAUUACAUUAACUCACUUUAUCUUCUUCUAAGGCUUUUAUUUUAAAUGACACCUUUUUUCUCUCUAAAUGUCCUUCUUUUUGAAAAAAAAACCUUCAAAAAUGUCUCUGGUUUAUGCUGUCUGUAUAUAAAAUUUCGACGUAAAUAAAUUGAAUGUAAUAUAAACUAUGUAAGUAAACAGCAUAAAACGAGGGACUCUUUUCUGGGUUUUUAUUGUUGGACCGAGAAACAAAAGAAUAUAGAUUUUUAUCAUGAACAGAAAAAGAACUAAAGAAAAAGUUCAUACGUAAUUACAAGAGUUGGGUUUUGAUGGCAGAAUCGUGGUUCUAUGAAAAAAAUGCGAAGUACCUAAGUACAGUAUAUACAUUCAAAUCUAUCAUAAAAUGUUUUCUGCUGAAAUAAGCACAAUCAAACUGUGCUUUCCUCGGUAAACUCUCUUGGUUUUGUUAGGGUUCCAUACCUACCUAAAGGGUAAAAACGGGACCCUAUUACUAAGACUACACUGUCCGUCUGUCCGUCUAUCUGUCACCAGACUGUAUCUCAUGAACCGUGAUAACUAGACAGUUGAAAUUUUCACUGAUGAUGUAUUUCUAUUGCCGCUAUAACAACAAAUACUAAAAAGUUCCGAACUCUCGGUGGGCGAAUCCGACCCGCACUUAUAUCUUGGGUUGUUUUUUUUUAUCUGGGUUGGUACUUAUUUUCGGCAAAUACGGCAAUACGGAUUUUCAUUUGUUUCACGUGUCCUGAUUGAUUUAUUCUACUUUUAACAAUGUGAAAGCCUUCCCCUGCAGUGUAUACAUCUGUUAAAAUAAAUUUACGAUAAAAAAUAUACUUAAUUAUUAGUACAAAA